AUGCAGAAAUUAUUUGAUAAUGGAGAGGGAAAGGAAAUUAACCGAGUUUGGAACCAUUUAGCUGGAUCUUCUGAUUGGCUUGAAGAUUAUGGAGUACAUUUAAUGAUCAGAGGGUUGAUGUGUAGUUCAAUUAGCCAAAGAAAUGCUCCUAUUUUAUCAUUGACAUAUGCUCAAGUUUUUGAUUCAGAUUGGAAUGAAUUGAAAGAUACACAUUUGGUCACUUCGGAUGACUCAAAGCUGUUAGAAUCCGGAUCUCUAAAAUUUCCAUCAUUCGUAAAGGUUCCUUUAUAUCACGAUCUAAGUAGCCUAGUUGAAAGGUAUUACGGACCUGAAGAUCUAAGAAUCACUUUGUAA